UGCGAUGUUUGUUUUUCUUUCAUUUUUCACAUUGGGUCAGUAAUCCUCCGAUCGUGGAUAAACUCGGAGGUGCAGAAACGGUUGCACAUACUGCAUUGCAUCUAUCCCAAAUAAUCAUCACUAAAAUCACGUGAAACUGCUAAAAUCAUUGCAUCCCUCGAAAAAAAAUGACUGAGAGAGUGCAAUUCAUGUGCAUCAGUCAUAGAUAAUUAAUUUAAAUUAUUUUUCUUUUUCACCUCAAAUUCAUUUCGAUUUUUCGGAUAAUUUUUGGAGCUACCACACGACCUGGAGGGAUCAUCGAGGUCAGCAGUUAAAAUCAUGUCGAGUAUGAAUUUUGAGGAGCACGAGAGAAUGAUCACUCUUAUUCAGGAUCUGGCUGAUUUGCCCUGCACUGUUGUACAGCAGAAUUUAAAUAAUUACAUUCAAUCAAAAACUCAAGCGAAACUGUCAUUCCUUGCUCCAAUUCUCCAUGAAACCGAGGAGAUGGUAAUAAACGUCGUGGGUGAAAAAAUACUGGACAGAGGUCUGAGGUUUCCAGUAAGCCAGUCAAACGUCUGUAAUCACAUACUCCACAAGACCGUGAAAACCCGGAGAUCCUUGACAGUAAGUGCUAUCGAGUUGGAUCAGGAAUUGCUCCAGCACUUGUACUCAGUUAUUGAUCCAGUACCAGACCGAUUUCUCAGUGUACCAAUUAAGCAUCCAGUUAAACAACACAUUGCCCUAGUUGUUUGUAUAAUUGAUUAUCCCAAUGACAAAAACAUCGAGGAAAAGUGCACGAAGAUAAUCGAGGAGUGCUUCAGGUACUGCCUUGGAUUAUUACUGAGUACACUCAGGUGUCAAGAGGAGACACGAUUGAAACUGCAAUGUCAGGAUCUUCUCAUUGUGUCUAGAAAACUCUUCAUGCAUUUGGGUGACUUGCCUGAUUUAUUGAGGGAGAUAAUGGUGGAAGCGAGAAAACUAACAAACGCCGAAAGAUGUUCAUUAUUUUUACUGGAUCAUGAGCACCACGAGCUCGUUGCUAAAGUAUUCGAUGGAGUUUCAACGAGUGAUGAAAUGAGAAUUGCAUUGGGUCAGGGGAUAGCUGGACACGUCGCGACCUCUGGAAACUUGCUCAAUAUUCGGAAUGCUUAUGAACAUCCACUUUUUUAUAGUGGAAUUGACGAAGCAACUGGAUUUAAGACGAGGAAUAUCCUGUGUUUUCCAAUUCGCGAUGAAAAUGGAAUUAUUGGCGUUGCUCAAUUAUGCAACAAAAUGAAUGGAUUGUAUUUUGACGUUUGCGAUGAGGAAGUUGCAACAGCAUUCAGCAUUUACUGUGGAAUUUCGAUAAUGCACAGCAUUGUUUAUAAAAAAAUUCAGGAUUCCCAGGCGAGGAGUAAACUUAGCAACGAACUCAUGAUGUAUCACAUGAAGCAGGUGGAAGAGGAGGCAGUUCAGGCGUUACUAAACUGCAGGGAUGAUCACAGUCCCAAGGACUUCGACAAGUUUCAUUUUGCACCGAGAAAUAUUCCUCAUCAGCACACACCGUGUUAUGUACUUAAAAUGUUUGAUGAAUUGGAUCUCAUAAGGUCGUGGAAAAUUAAACGAAAAACAUUAGCGAGAUUUAUCCUGUACGUUAAGAAAGGAUAUAGAGACGCUCCAUAUCACAACUGGAUUCAUGCCUUUUCUGUAGCCCACUUUGCCUAUCUUAUGAUAAAAAAUUUGAAUCUAGUGGAGGACAAGUACUUUACACGUCUCCAGGCACUUGUUUUUCUGGUGUCUGGUCUGUGUCACGAUAUAGACCACCGAGGGACCAAUAAUUCAUUCCAAACCCAGUGUGGCACCGUUCUCGCGAGUUUGUACAGUUCAGAGGGUUCUGUCAUGGAGAGACAUCAUUUAGCGCAAUCAAUGUGCAUUCUCAAUACAGAGGGAUGCAAUAUUUUCGAGAAUCUUGCCAGUGACGAGUACAGCGAAGCGUUGGAUUUACUGAGGAAUAAUAUUCUAGCAACAGAUCUGGCCUCACAUUUUAGGAGCAUGGAUGAGCAGGAUGAAAUGGUAAAGAGUGGUUUCAGUAGAGAUGACCUGGGGCAUCAGAAACUACUCCAUGCCAUGUUCAUGACCUGCUGUGAUAUUAGCGAUCAAACGAAGGACUGGAAAACUUCAAAGAAAACAGCGGAACAAAUUUAUGACGAGUUUUUUUCACAAGGAGAUUUAGAAAAAAGUAUGGGGACGGCACCAAUUGAGAUGAUGGAUCGUGAGAAAGCCUCGAUACCUGAUCUCCAGGUCCAAUUCAUCACGAAUUUAGUGUUACCAUUGUUCACAAAUUUAUCAGCAUUAUUUCCAGUUGCCAAUAGCCUCGUUGAGUCUGUGAAACGAAACAGAUGCGUCUGGCAGACUGCUAUUCCUAUUUUUCACAAGUACAGCGAGCAAGGGAUCAAGGGAAUGGAUAUACUCCUCGAUGUUAAUAUAGAGGAGGAAAUUCUGACUGCCUCUCGGUUGCAGAGUACCACAGCUUAAUUUAGUAGAAUAAAAAAUUGAGAUGGGGAAACAAAGAUAUACAUUAUUUAUUAAGUGACGGGUUACGAAACAGUGCUUGAUUAUGGUUUUGUGCACUUUAGAUUGUGAUUGAUAUACUUGGGGAUAUUGUGAUAGAAUUUUGAGAAACGAUAUAGAAUUAUUUCUAGUGAAUGCCGUUGUAGGUUUAAAGUGCGCUGGCGCCUUUCCUAUUGUACAAAUUUUAAUAGUCGGGGUAGAGCCGAUGUUAUUGUGUUGAGGAGAACAAGUGGAUUGAGGGAUUCAGUGAGGAAAAGCCCGAGAUUUUAAUUAAGUCCCAGGGAUUUGUGGAAGUUGGGGAUUUAGGAGAAAAUGUCUGCUGAGAUCUUCGGCUUGUUCAACGAUCUAGACAUUUUUUCCUAACUCAAAUCUUCAACGAAAUAAUUUAACGAUUAUUGAUUAAUUGUUGAGGAGUGGGCAGUAAAGUAUUCCGCAAAUAUUCAAAGAAAUUCUCAGAUAUCUGCGAAAUAUUCUGCAUUCUACUACUCCAAUAUUGGAAUGUUUUUGUUUAAAAAACAUUUUAUUUUUAAAAAAUUUCAUGGCAUCUUUCCCACUGAAUGUUAUUUAUUGAAAAAAUUGUGGGAGAUGUUUAAGAGUGGAAAAUGUUCUUCGACCAUUUUAAUUAAUACGUAGUAGGGAAUGAUAAUCAAAUUCCUCCGGGAAAAUACUCCGAAAAGUCUGCAUGGGAAACAAAAUUUUUUUGCACCUGUAAUUUCCAUUAUUUAGGGCAAAAAAUGUUGUCCGACUUAAUGGAAAUUUUUAGAACCCAAAUAUGCACUCUAGAACGUAUCUAACAGCUUCGUUAGAGCACCGUAUUUAAUCAGUAUUGAGAAGCCAAAAUCGAGUGUAAUUGUGGAGAAUACUCACAAUAAAUUUUACAA